UACUAUAAGCUGUUGCAGAAACUCGAUUGAUUUCGAGUCCAGGUAACCAAUACUCCAUUAAGAAUGUUUGGAGGCAAGAAAAAAGAUAAUGAAGGAGAAGAAGAACAAUCACAUGUCACUCGCUACAAACCUGAAAGGUUAGAUGUAUUGUGCAAGGCGACACAUUUCACCAGAAAAGAAAUACGCCUCAUGUAUCAAGGAUUUAAACAGGAAUGUCCUACCGGAAUGGUUAACGAAGACUCUUUCAAAGAAAUAUUUUCUCAGUUCUUUCCCCAAGGCGACGCAACUCGUUACGCUCACUACGUCUUUAGCACGUUCAAGCAGCUAAGCAAUGGUGGAGCUUUAACCUUUGAGCAAUUCAUCAGUUUGCUGUCAACCAUUUCGCGAGGACCGAUAACAGAAAAACUGAAAUGGAUUUUUGACCUUUAUGAUAUCAACGGAGACGGGUUCAUAAGCAAGCAGGAGAUGUUACAUAUCGUGUCUUCUAUCUAUGAGAUGUUGGGCCAUUACACUGAGCCUGUAGUUCACGAACACUCCGCCAGAGAGCACGUCGAGCGCAUUUUUCAUCACAUAAACACCAACCAGGACGGACUGAUUUCGUUUGAGGAAUUCAAGGAGUGGUGCCAGAAGCGAGAAAAUCACAAGAGAAUAAUAAAAAAUCUGGCAGUAAUAGCUAAAUGUGGCUUCACUAUGCAGUUCCUCCCAUUUUAUAUUGAGCGAAAACUUUCAUCCCACGCCUCACUUCCGGGAUUCUUCUUCUAUUCUUAA